GUUGUGAAUUUGUAACAUUCACGUUAAAGACGACAAUAGAUAAUUUACGAAAUAAAUGUUAUUUUUGUACCUCCGCAGUGAUAUAUUGUGCAAGCUGAUGCCAAUGCGUCAACAAAUAAUAAUUUAAAAAUGAAUUUAUAGAUCAUAUUAUAAGAUAACAUGGCCGGACGUAUAGUCUCAGCCUCCAUAAGGGCAGUAGUUGGAAGCAAAAAACCUAUUAAGGCUGCUCUCACCUUGACACCAUCAGCCGUUGAUCAACUAAAAAAAAUACUGUCUGGAAAAUCAAAUUGUAUUGGUCUUAAAAUCGGUGUUAAACAACGGGGAUGCAAUGGUUUAAGUUAUACUCUAGACUAUGCCAGUGAAAAACAUAAAUUAGAUGAAGAAGUUGUACAAGAUGGUAUCCGUGUAUUUAUUGAUAGAAAAGCUCAGUUGACAUUACUUGGAACUGAAAUGGACUUUGUUCAAUCCAAAUUGUCUUCAGAAUUUGUGUUUUAUAAUCCAAACAUUAAAGGAACUUGUGGAUGUGGUGAAAGUUUUAACAUUUAAACUUAAGAAGUUUCAAAUGAGUAUAAACAAGAGAAGAGAAGAUACAAGGUAUAUAGUGAGAGAAUGAAUAGUCAAUACCAUUUACAUAGUUUUACAUUUCAUUUAGGUGCAGUAAACUUAUAUUAUUGUCAAUAAUUUAUCUGUUAUACUGAUACUAUUUGAUAAUGUGAAUUGUUAUUUAUUUCAAUUAUUAAAAUUGUUGUUUAUUUUUAAUAAACGUACUCAUUAUGACUUAUGAGGAAAGACAGUGACCAUUA